UGAUAGAAUAGCUAUUGAUAGACUGGACUUUUCAAAAGCUAGAGAUUGACGAGCCCACAAAAAACACAUACACACACACAUACGCGCACGGGUGAAAAUCCCUUUGGCCGUCAAUGUGGAUUACGCGCGAGAUGCUCCGAAACCGCGUCUUUGGGCUCGGCUCGGCUCUCUCUCAUGUAAGUAAAGCGUCACUACUCGCGAUGGGAAUUUGACACAAAGGGCGAGGAGAGCUCAAAUGUGGAUUUGGAUGCGUGGAUUUAUAGGGUGGACUCGCGAGCAGCAAAAUUUCUCCACCGCAGGCUUUGCAGAUCGUCUCUCUUUCUAGGGGUUGGAAAAUUAGGUAGAGGAUUGCGAGCUGGGAAGGUGAAAAGGAGCGAAAAGGAAAGACACACACACACACACACACACACACCCAUCGCCAAUCAAUCAAUCAAUCAAGAUCUAGUUCUUACUCGAACAGGCAGGGAAGCUAGAACAGGGGGCCACUCUACGAAUUCCCAUCUGGGCUCGCGAGAUAGGAUCGAUUCGUUGCGACCCACGUCGCCAAAUCCCUCGAUCCGCCGACCCAAGUCGCACAUUCCCCCAAUCUCGGAUGAUCUGCUAGAUGGGUCUCUUGCCGGUGCUCGUCUACUACGCCUCGGUCUCGCGAUCGGGCGGGCGGGCGCUCGCGGAGUACAAGAACCGCUCCUCCUCGCGCGACCUCGCGCCCGUCGUCGUGGAAUGCCUCGAGCAGAUGCCGCCACUCCACAGCCGAUUCACGCUCACCAUCAAGCGCCGGAUCUUCUCGUGCCUCAUGGAGGGCGCCUUCACGUACUGCUGCAUCGUGGACGAGGCGCUGGGCAAGAGCGACGCUUUCGCGUUCCUGGAAGCCAUGCGUGACGAAUUCGUCGCGUUUCUCGACUCGCGGGGCCUCCGCAGCGACGGCGAGGGACUGGAGUCCUUCGCGUCGGCCAUCAACAAGGAAUUCGGCGCCACCAUCAAGGUUCUCACGCUGCCCCUCAUUGGAGUGCCGCAGAAGGAGAUCGAUAGCUUGAGAGCUCAGGCCAGUCCGCGCGGCUCGUCCGUACCACCAGCGGCGCCCUCCGUACCAUACCGCGCGGAUGAGGGCAGCGCGAUGACCGACCCGUUGUACAGCGGUAGCGAGCGGUCCGACGGCGGGCCCGAGAUGGGGAGGUCGGGUAGCCGAGCUGUCCGCUCGUCACGGCACAAGAGGAUGAAUGGAAACCUUCACCAGCAGCAGCAGGAGGAGCCCAUCCAAGUCCAGCAUUUGCUAGCGAAUGGUAUCGGAGGUGACGACGAGGAUGGUGGCGAUGAUCGGGGUGGCCGGAUCGAGGUGGUGGUGGAUCAACCGGGUAACAGCAGCUUUAAUGUGACCGCUCCGGCUGGCAAUGCGAGGAACAACGAGGCCGGCGACUUGUAUCCCCACAGCAAGAGCUUUAGCAUCCGGGAGGCCGAGAACAAAUGGUGGAGGACUGUCAAGUUGGUGCUGCUGGUGGACGUAGCGGUGUGCAUUCUUUUGUUUGUCAUCUGGCUGGGAAUUUGCCGGGGUUUCGAGUGCGUCCGGUGAGAUGAGCUCUUGCUGCAAACAAAACGAGCACAGUGGAGAGAAAGAACAAAAACAAAACGAGUUUUACCUGUCAAGGGAGCGAUGACGACGAACUUGUUUGUUAAGCUUGUCAUCAACUCGGUGGACGGGGCGAACGGAUGAACAGCAAGUCAGCUCCCAUGGUGUGUAGUGUACAAAAUUAUUCCUUGCACAGCCGGCUGCUGGCUUUUUCCCAGAGUUUUCUUCGGUGGGUUGAGCUGGUCCGGUCUCGGGUCCAAGUUCUCUUUUUGGUUUUUCUUUUCGUAGUGUAGCACGAUUCUUUUGAGGGAAUUUGAGUCGGUCGAUCCGGCUUGGCUGUCCGGCACGACCUGGUUGAAAGAUGUCUCGUUUGAACAAGCUCUGGUCGACGUAAUAACAGUAGCCAGAAGUUUAAUGGAAGAGCUGGUCUGUCGUGCCGGAAAGUCUUUGUU